AUGGCUGUGAUCUCAAUCACAAUAUUGAUCUCGUUCAAGACUGGAGGAAUGUGGAAAAAGACCAAUACCUACAUUGAGCUACCCGAAGUCAAGUUUGACUCUAAUUGCUACUUUAUUGUAACUCAAGAUAAUGGAGAUCCAUUCGAUUACUAUUUCUGGAGCCCAUUUGAUGAACUGAACCAAUUACAACAUGAUCGAUUGAUGGCUCCGAUCGUUAGUGUUACAGAAAAUGAUGUGGAUGAUAAUGGAGUUACUGAUUAUGUAAGAAUUGAUCUUUUUUUUGAUAUUUUAAUGGUUUAAAUAAUAAUUUUUGAAAAUUAAACUAUUUUUUAGGCAACAAUUGAAAUCAAGUUCAAAUACCCUGAAGAAAAGUUUGAAGUAAAGUCGUUACAUUGGAUGUUGUUUUAUAAGUUCACGUUGAAUAGAAGGUCUAUUAUACAGGUAAAAAUGGCAAAAAUUUUUUUUACAAAGCAAAAAAUCGCAAGAACUUUCUUUGCAUAACAAAAAAUGGCAAUAAUUUUCUUUACAAAACAAAAAAUGACAAGAACUUUCUUUACAAAACAAAAAAUGACAAGAAUUCUUUUAAAAAAUCAACUAAUAGCAAAAACUUUCUUUACAAAACCGAAAAUGGCAAAAACUUUCUUUAAAAACCGAAAAAUAGCAAGAACUUUCUUUACAAAGUGUAAAAUGGCAAUAAUUUUCUUUACAAUCAAAAAUAGCAAAAAAUUUCUUUACAAUUCUUCAAAACAAUAUUUUCAGGCAAAUGGUGUCAUUUUCGAUGAAAUUCACCGACCGACCAAUUUAGCUUCAUAUUUUGUCCAAUCUGAUCUUGUAUUCGAUCAACGCAAGCCCUUACCAUCGUACGGCAAUUAUCAUUUUAAGAACGACCUCUUCAGUAAAUACACUGACGAUAUCGAUGAAAAUUCAACUGGUACCGAAUUCAAUUAUGGCAGCGUUUCUUAUCAGCCUUAUGAAAUUAGAAAACAGGCCAUGUUGUAAGUUGGGGUAGGAUAUGGUAGGGUAGUGGAAGGCAGGGUAGUGGAAGGUAGGGUAGGUUCAAUUACAGUAAUCAUAGUCAUUCAAAACCCCAUUUUAGAGCCAACUACACCCUAAAAAUGGAUCGAAAAGUUGAUUUUUGGGAGCCAAAAAGUGCCGAAACCACAGAUUACCUCAAGUUAUCAUUUGAAUUCCAUGUUUUGGCUUCAGAAUUGGUCUACGAAACUGAUGCUUCUGAACUGUUAAAAUGGGUGUGGAUUCAGAUCUUAGCAAUUUUUGUCAUUGUCAAUUGUGUUUUCCAACAAUUGACUGCUGUUUUUAUCGAAAACGGGGUUUUUGGUACUCUUGUCCGUCAUAACAAAGUUGAUAAACUUGAAUAA